UCAUUCAACUUAUUCGCAAAAUAUAAGUGAUUUACAGUACUCGACGCACAAACAGAUGGAACACUUUUAACCUUUCCAUUAUCUCUAUCGACCUACAUCUCUCAAAAGACAGGGCUAUGCGCUUUUUUUCCACCACUAGUCAGCAGCGUGCUGUAUCAACCGAAAAUGAGUACGCAAUGAUAUUACUAUCUAGAAUUGACAAUUGGAAAAAUAAACCUUAUCCUACACGUUGAUGCCAAUCUUUCCCCGUUUGGUACGUUGUAAGUGUUAAUAAUUCGAAGUGGCUGAUGACGCAAAUCACUCGAUAAGUACAGUAUUAUCGUUAUCAUUACACGUAUGUCUAAUAAUCUUCCACCAUAGUUAAGUAACGGCAAUGUGUAUGCAUGUAGACAGACAUAAGUAACGCCAUGGAGACACGAGCAUGCUUCAUAAUCGUCUUCAUUAAAGAUCAUUGUAUUUAACAUAGCAAAUCAAACUAAUAUAAAUAGCCUAUAUUGACGCUCAUUAAACACUCGAACGAAUACGAUUUGACCUCAUAGGUGUAUUUAAAGACACACUAGGCGUAAAUUGACUCCCUGUCGUGUUUGCGAUGUUUCGAGUGGUGUGUGAUUGUGCAGGAAAUGUUGACCCAAGACAUUACCUAUCAAAGAACUCCGUGGUUGUUCUAUAGAAGAGUUCAAAAGCUAUUGUAGCUACCAAACAGUUAAGAUGGUAAUCUUUCAAUAAACAUUUGGUAUAUCGUACGCCCUACGGCUUUGUAGUUAAUGUGGUGAGUUAUAACGAGCGGAAUGCUACCAGGGACACUCUGAAUGGGCCUGAAAUAAGAAACUCUCACACGAAAGGAAAAUAACAAAUAAUGACAUUAGACUAUGGAUGAAUUGAAUGAAGAACAGGUUGCGGAACUGGAAGCCGCAUUUAGCAUUUUUGACACUGACAAUGACGGUUGUAUUACCACUGACGAGCUGGCAACGGUGAUGAGAAGUAUGGGUGGAGUAACCACUGAGGAAGAACUCCAGGAAAUGAUCCAGGAGGCUGACGCCGACGGUAGUGGUGAUAUCGACUUAGAAGAAUUCCUAGCGUUAAUGGCUAAGAAGAUGAAGGACACUGACUCCGAGGAAGACUUGAAACAGGCCUUUAAGGUAUUCGACAAGGACAAUAAUGGACAUAUCAGUCAGGUAGAACUCAGAAUUGUGAUGACCAACCUCGGAGAGAAAAUGGACGAUGACGAGGUCGAGGAGAUGAUCAAGGAGGCAGAUCUGGAUGGUGAUGGUCGAAUAAACUACUCAGAAUUCGUGGCUAUGAUGACGAGGUCCUGAUGUCGUCCCGACGAGCUGUCAGUAGAAAUUUGAUAUCAUUCUACCAAUGGACACAGACAUAUUAGUGUUACAUAGUUGUGAGUGAUGUAGUCAAAUGACAUGGGAUCAAAUUUCAAGCUGAUGCUGAAUAUUUGCUGAAGCUCUGGAUUAUCAAACUAUGUCGUCAGAAAGCUUUCAUACUAGCAAGGAAAUUUCCCGGAGUUUUCUGCUGAAUAUAUUUCUUAGGUCAAUCAUAAAUUUACUACGUACAUGUUU